UCCCUUCUGGCAGCAGCUCCGAUCUCCGGUUCUUCAAAUCAGAGAUAACCGGUCCACGUGCUGAUGCUAUAUACGUGUGAUCUGGUUGUCUCUUGUUGGGUUUUCUGCUCCUUUCUACGACGCUCAGCGCGCAACCGUUGAACAUACGCGAACGUGAAGUUUCGUCUGUUCCUGCAUUCAAUUUCUCAAUUAGUACUCCGCACGCUCUCCAAUUUGCUUCCGCCUCGGUGCACUGUUUCCCUGGGCACCCGAUCCACGUGCUGAUGCUAUAUACGUGUGAUCGCGUUGUCUCAUGCUGUUGGCUUUUGUGCUUCUCACCAAGGCGCCCUGUGAAUGCGGACACUUCACAAAAAAGUAAACUUCGGACCAGGGUGCUUUCGUUUUCACCGCAUGGUCAGUGCCGCGCAAGGAUAAGUUCAUCUCUGGCUGGCUCAUGUCGUUGGCUUUUCUGCUGCUGGUCAGGACGCACUGUGCAUCCGGUCACUACCGAAAAAAGUAAACUUCGGACCAGGGGGCUUUCGUUUUCACCGCAUGGUCAGUGCCGCGCAAGGAUAAGUUCAUCUCUGGCUGGCUCAUGUCGUUGGCUUUUCUGCUGCUGGUCAGGACGCACUGUGCAUACGGUCACUUCCGAAAAAAGUAAACGAAAGCACCCUGGUCAUAGGACCAGGGUGCUUUCGUUUUCACCGCAUGGUCAGUGCCGCGCAAGGAUAAGUUCAUCUCUGGCUGGCUCAUGUCGCUGGCUUUUCUGCUGCUGGUCAGGACGCACUGUGCAUACGGUCACUUCCGAAAAAAGUAAACGAAAGCACCCUGGUCAUAGGACCAGGGUGCUUUCGUUUUCACCGCAUGGUCAGUGCCGCGCAAGGAUAAGUUCAUCUCUGGCUGGCUCAUGUCGCUGGCUUUUCUGCUGCUGGUCAGGACGCACUGUGCAUACGGUCACUUCCGAAAAAAGUAAACGAAAGCACCCUGGUCAUAGGACCAGGGUGCUUUCGUUUUCACCGCAUGGUCAGUGCCGCGCAAGGAUAAGUUCAUCUCUGGCUGGCUCAUGUCGCUGGCUUUUCUGCUGCUGGUCAGGACGCACUGUGCAUACGGUCACUUCCGAAAAAAGUAAACGAAAGCACCCUGGUCAUAGGACCAGGGUGCUUUCGUUUUCACCGCAUGGUCAGUGCCGCGCAAGGAUAAGUUCAUCUCUGGCUGGCUCAUGUCGCUGGCUUUUCUGCUGCUGGUCAGGACGCACUGUGCAUACGGUCACUUCCGAAAAAACUGAUUCUGCUAAAUUUUGCAGGUAA